CGGCUUCGCUCGCGACACAGUUGUAUAUAUAUUACUCGAGUGAAUUUUACCUAUAGAAUACUACCGUAUCAAAGUUACUAUAUAUCUUUUUCAACGUUUUUACUAGUCAUUCAUAUAUACUUCUACCGGCCGAGUUAAUUAGAUAUUAUAACGCGAUCUCGUUGCUAAUGAAAUUUGAGUUCGACCAAAUGGAUCAGCAAUAUUUCGAGAUUCUUCGAGUUCGAUGGGAUCCUGUUGAGAUUGUUGUUGUCGGGGGCUCGCCAUUCCAUUUGGUAGAGACGAUUUUCUUCUAGCUACCAAAAGAAUAACAAUAAGAAAGAGAAAUCGUAAUAAAGUUUGUUGGCAGACAUUUCUUCCUUGAUGUCAGUCCGCUGUACCUUUCUUUCUGUGACACGUAGUGUGGAUCGAGCUCACAUCCCGCAUAAGAACGAAAUUUGUUCAACAAGAAAGCGGAGCUACUUUUGUCGAAGGAUUUUAAAUUAUCUGAUCAAAUCCAGUUGUUACAUGUACUUAAGAGUAAUCAUAACAUCGUAAGAACGUCAAGAGGCACUUUCAAGAGAUUUAAGAAUGGAAAAAGAAUCAGAAAAAACUUUGCAAUAUAAACCUGUUUAUGAUAAAAGGAUCGCUGCAAAUAUUCGAAAUGAAUUUUCAAGACUUCAAGGACAGUGUUAUUUGGAUCAUGCUGGUGCUACACUUUAUUCUGAUUUACAAAUAAAAAGUGUAAGUGAUGACUUAUGUAACUCUCUCUAUGGCAAUCCACAUUCCAUAGGCAUUGCUGGUGGUAUUACUCAUGAUAAUAUUGAGCAAAUAAGACAUAGGAUAUUGAGUCAUUUUCAUACAUCAUCAGAGGAAUACAGUAUCAUAUUUACAUCAGGUGCAACACAAUCAUUAAAAGUGGUCGCUGAAACAUUUCGAUUCAAUAAUAAUAAAAAUAAUGAAGUUCAAUCUACAGGAGAUUUUGUUUAUACACAAGAUAAUCAUACUUCAGUACUUGGAAUGCGAGAAGUUAUCUCCCAAAAAGGAAUUAAAGUAACUUGUCUUAGUCAUAAACAUGCAUUUCAAGUAUUAGAACAACCAGUAAAUUCUUUUAACGACAAUGUAGCAAGCAACAAUAAUUCUCUUUUUGUUUAUCCUGCCCAGUGCAAUUUUUCUGGUGCAAAAUAUCCACUUAAGUGGAUUAAAAAUGCACAAAAUAAUGUGCUUUCUAGUGUAACUGGUCAAUUAAAUACAAAGUGGUACGUUCUCCUAGAUGCGGCAGGAUUUGUACCAACAAAUGAUUUAAAUUUAUCUGUAUUUAAACCAGAUUUUGUAUGUAUAUCUUUUUACAAGAUGUUUGGAUACCCAACCGGUAUUGGUGCUUUACUAGUAAAGAAUUCUAGUGCGCACGUUCUUGAAAAAAUCUAUUACGGAGGUGGCACUGUAGAAGUUACUCUUAGUUCUGAAUUAUUUCAUGUGAAGCGUCUAAAUUUACAUCAAAGGUUUGAAGAUGGAACUGUACCAUUUUUAUCUAUAAUAUCAUUGCAGUAUGGAUUAGAUAUACUUUCAAAAAUUACUAUGAAGCAAAUAUCGAGUCAUGUAUUUGCACUUGCAAGAUAUUUACAUCAUACUCUAUUAAGAUUGCGUCAUGAUAAUGGUGCGCCUGUUGUCAAAAUUUAUUCAGAUAAUAACUAUGAAGAUCCCAACUUACAAGGAGGUAUCAUUACAUUUAAUAUACUUAGAUCAAAUGGAGAAUAUGUUGGAUAUAUGGAAGUUGCACAUAUGGCUGCUCUUUUUAAAAUACAUCUUCGAACUGGUUGUUUCUGCAAUCCUGGUGCAUGCCAAAGACAUCUGUCCCUUAAAAAUGAAGACGUUUUAAAAAAUUAUGACGCAGGCUAUGUGUGUGGUGGUACUGCAGAUUUAAUAAAUGGUAGACCAACUGGUGCUGUGCGAAUUUCAAUCGGAUAUAUGUCUAUGAUCGAAGAUAUUGAGACUUUGUUACAAAUGAUCACUAAAUGUUUUGUUAGCAAACCAGAAAGGAACAUAUGUGUACCAGAAGUUCGUAAAUCGCAUCAUACUGAGGCUGAAAAUAAAAAAUAUGUUAUAAAUGAUAAAGAUAAUACAAAAGAGUUUGAGAGUAAGGCAUGGUACUCGUCAUUUUUAUAUGGUGCAAAAUAUUUUCAAAACACUAAUAAUUCCAAAAGUAAUAUUAUUAUCAAAAAAUUAUUUAUUUAUCCCAUAAAGUCAUGUAGCGCAUUUGAAAUAACUACUUCUUGGACUUUGAAUGAAAAAGGUUUAGAAUAUGAUAGAGAGUGGAUGAUAAUGACAUCAAAUGGAGUUUGUUUGACUCAAAAGCAACAAACUAAUCUCUGUUUAAUUAAACCAUUUAUAUGUAAAGAAACUGAAGUCAUGAAAUUAACAUAUCCAGGAAUGCCAUCAAUAGAAGUACCUUUGGAGUAUUCUGACAAUUAUAUAAAUGGUGCGAUAUGCCAAAGUAGAGUUUGCGGACAAAAAGUUAAAGGCAUUGAUUGCGGGGGAGAUGUGUCUGAGUGGUUGAGUUUGGUUAUUGGUCGUCCAAAUUUAAAACUUGUUAAGCAAGCUGAUCACGAAACUAAAGACAAACCAAAACAAGAAUUAAAUAAUCCAAAACUAUCUUUUACAAGUCAAGCUCAAUAUCUCUUAUUGAACGAAGAAAGCAUAUUAUGGCUAUGCAGUAAAAUUACUGAUACGCAAGAUUUUAACAAAAAUACAGUAGUGCAUAGAUUUAGAGGAAACAUCAUUUUAAGCGGUUGCAAAGCUUUCGAAGAACUUCAAUGGAAAGUAAUACAAAUAGGCAAAAUCAAAUUCCAGGUAAAUGGGCCUUGCAAUCGGUGUCAAAUGAUAUGCAUUGAUCAAACAACAGGCGCUAAAACAGUAGAACCAUUACGUACAUUAGCGGAGGAAUUUCAUGGAAAAUUAAGAUUUGGCAUAUAUCUUACUAGACCAUCGAUAAAAGAAGGAAUAUUAAAUAUUGGAGAUGUAGUAUAUUUUGAAUGAUCAUUUUAUAUGGCAAAGUAUAUAUUUUAAAAUAUAUACAUAUAAAAAUUACUAUACUACAGAUAUGUAGUUCACCAUUGAAUACAUCUUUGAUUGUUUCACAAACCGCUUCAUAGUCAGGGAAUGCUAGUGUCUGAAGUCUUGAAUAAACUAAUUGAUCAUUAAUCUUGAUUUCAAAAGAUUCUGUAAAAGAAUAAUAUACAUAUGUUUAUCUAUUU